AUGUCCCUCUUCGGCAACACCUCGAGCGGGACCACAGGCGGUGGUGGGCUGUUUGGCGGCGGCGGCGGCGCGACUGGAGGCUCAACAGGUGGCGGUCUGUUUGGCCAGCAAAACCAGCAGCAGCAGGGCGCUGCGGCGGCGCCGACGACACAGAGCUCCGGAGGUCUCUUCGGCGCAAAACCUGCUGCUCCGACCGGUGCAGGCGGACUCUUUGGCGGAGGCCAGGCGCAGGCCCAGCAGCCUCAACAAACAACCGGCGGCGGUGGCCUCUUUGGCGGCCAACAAGCCCAGCCGCAGCAGUCAGGCGGGAGCUCGCUCUUCGGUGCAUCGACCCAACAGUCGGCCAGCGCAGGUGGAGGCGGAGGCUUGUUCGGCAAGCCAGCGACGACACAAACGCAACAGACCGGUUCACUGUUUGGCGGCUCGACUCUGCUCGGUGGAGCUUCCAGCACGCCCCAGACGGGAGGCGCCUCGACCGGUCUGGGAGGUUUUGGCCUGGGAGCCUCGACAAACCAGACGCAAAGCAAGCCGUCACUUUUCGGCGCCACGACGACCCAGCAGCCUCAGACGACGACAAGCACGAAUAACUUUGGCGGUGGCUCGAGCCUCUUCAACCAGCAGCCGCAAGCCCAGAACAACCAGUCCCUGUCCCAGUCCCAGACGGCCCAGCCAUCGGGAGCCUACUUUGACAGCCUCUUCGCCAAGACAAAGAAGGAGGGCGAUGGAGAGGGUUCGCUCGAGGAUCUCCCCAGCCUACAGCUCGGCCUCGGAGACCUGCGCCAGCGUCUGAAGAGGCUUGGCUCCAAACCCCAGGAGAGGGGCCUCGACGGCCGCGCUCACUACCUCCUCGCUGCGUCCGGCGUCGAUCCUACCCUUGCUGCUAAGGACCUUGGGUCUCUGGACCUGCAGACUGGCCGUGUCGAGCGGUCCUCCGGUUACGCCCCUGCCGAGCUUGACGUCGAGACCUACCUCUCCAACCUCCAGUCCAAGACGACUUUGAGCAUGAUUGCCGACGGCCUCGAGCGCUCGGCCCGGGACUUUGACAACUUCCUCGAGGACAACGUCACGAUGGAGUGGGACGCCCAGAGGAAGCGCAUAUACGACCACUUCGGCAUCAAGCCCCGCGAAGAGUCGGUGGGAAGCACGGGACACCGAGACUCUGUCGGCCAGGGCGGGUUCGGCCGCUCUCGGCGCAGCAAGAACCCCCAGGCAGGCAACCGCACCGGGCGGCAGAGCGUCCUGGGCAAGUCGACCCUCCAGCGCUCUGUCAUUGGCACCCCCAGCCGCAUCGGCACGCACCACCAAUCCGAGUUCUCUGACGUUGAGCGCUCCGGCGAUGGCGGUGGCCUGGCGGCUGGCGGCAUCACCACGGACGACAGGUCGCUCCGUGAAAAGCAAAACAGGCUGGCGGAGAAAAUUCGCAACCUCAACUCGGCUCGUCUCAUUGCGCACCCCUACGCUAUCCUCGCCGAGCUCGCGGACGUCGAGCAGAGAUCCCACGACCCUCACGCCCCCCAUAUCGUCGAAGCCUACCGCGCUGUCAGCGAGAUUGUGGGCGAAGAUCCCGAGGCCGACACAACCAUCAACGGUGCGACUGCCAAGGAGAGGCAGUUUGCAGAGAUGUACAUGGACGAGUCGGCCAACUCGACCAACGCCGUUGCCAUGCGAAAGCGCAUCCUCAGUGGCGCCAACUCAUUCUUGGAGGGGCAGUUCCUCCACGAAGUCGAAUCUCUGAUCGCCAAAUACCCCCACGAAGCCAAUCUCGGCGGCCGACCCGACAUUGUGAGCAAGAUCAAGGCCUACAUUCGCCUUCGAUCAGCGCGCAAAGAUCUCGUCCCCGACAACACCGAGCUGCAACAGGUCAAGGACCAAUAUGUCUGGGCUAUCGUCUUCUACCUCCUUCGCUCUGGCCACGUGAGUGAAGCUGCCAGGUUUGUGAACGACAACGCAACGGCCUUCCGCAGCAUCGACCGGACGUUCCAGAGCUAUCUUAAUGGGUAUGCCGCCAGCGACGACAGACGUCUUAAGCGGAACCUCCAGGACCGCUGCAAUGCCGAAUAUGUGCAGCGUGUACGCAACGCGCCAGAGAACUCCAUCGACCCCUUCCGGAUGGCCUGUUACAAGAUCAUUGGUCGCUGUGACUUGAACAACCGUAACCUCGAUGGCCUCAAUACGGACAUCAACGACUGGAUCUGGCUGCAGUUCAACCUCGCCCGGGAGGGUGAUCGCUCUGUCGAGGUGGCCAGUGAGGCGUACGGUCUGGCCGAGGUGCAGUCGAGUAUCAAGGAGAUUGGCGCCAAGCACUUCCCCAAGACGUCGUCGGAAGAUUCUAGUGGCAGCUUCGGCAUGUUCUUCUACCUGCAGAUUCUCUCGGGUAUGUUCGAGGAGGCCAUUGCCUAUCUCUACCCCUUCUCGUACGUCGACGCGGUGCACUUCGCCAUUGCCCUUGAGUACUACGGCCUGCUGCGCCCAUCUGAUCCCUACAUGGCCACGAGCGACCUGCGCAGCCUCAACUCCAGAGACCUUGUCCAGAUCAACUUUGGCCGCAUGCUCGGCUUCUACACAAAGGAUUUCCGCGCUGCUGAUGUCGUCUCUGCCGUGGACUACCUGACGCUUGUCUGUCUCAACAUGGACCUGCCAGGCGAGGCGGGCCGCCGCAACGCCAACCUCUGCUGGGAAGCCCUGCGCGAACUGGUGCUCGAGACGAGAGAAUUUAGCAAGCUCAUCGGUGACAUUCGACCCGAUGGCCAGCGGAUACGCGGCAUUAUCGAGGAGCGCGGCUCACUCAUCGGCCUGACAGAGGAGAACGACUUUAUCAACACGGUGACGAUCCAAGCCGCCAGCUUCGCCGAGGAGAACGGCCGUACCACAGAUGCCGUCCUGCUGUACCACCUCGCCGGCGAGUACGACACGGUCGUGGCCAUUGUCAGCCGCGCCCUCAGCGAGGCCAUCUCCCUCGACAUUGGCCAGGACCCGCUGAAACUCAUGCCCGUCAAGCCGCGCGACGCCGGCCAGCAGGUCGAGGCUGGCAGCAGCCUCAGCCUGGCGUCCAUCGACGACCCUGUCGAGCUCGCCCGCACCAUGAUGUCCAUGUACGAGCGUGAUGCCAUGUUCCACCGCCGCAUCCAAGACCAGAACCGCGUCGCGUGCCGCGUGCUGCUCGAGAUGAGCUCCAUCAAGUCUCUUAAAAUCCGCAGCCUCGAGAUCCUGCCCCUCGAGGCCAACGGCGACCCGGCCAUCGUGCGCGCCUACGCCGCCAAGUUCCCGGGCCUCUCCCAGCCCGUGUCCAUCAACGUGCCCAACCUGCUCAUGUGGACCGUCGUCGCCUGCACGCGCCAGCGCGAGCAGCUCUCGAACGGCGCCUUCUCCGGCAACGAAGGCACGCGCCGCCUCAUCAUCGAGCAGAUGCGCCAGAUGGUCCUCGACCUCACGACCUACACGUCGCAGCUGCGGUACCGCUUCCCACCCAUGCUGCACGAGGCCCUGGCGAGGGCCUCGGCGGACUAA